AUGGACGAUUUCCACCUGUGCCCGAUGUCGGACUACUACAAACGGUUCCUUCUGCCGGUGAGCUACAGUGUGACCUUCGUGGCGGGCCUGGGCCUCAACGUGGUGCUGCUGUGGGACGUGUGCUCCCGGCAACCCCAGCAGCACCGCAACGGCAGCGGGACGGUGGUCUACGUGGCCAACCUGGCCGUGGCGGAUCUACUCUAUGUGCUGACCCUGCCGAUACUCAUCGUCAGCUACGCCAUGGGAAACGUGUGGUACUUUGGGGACAUCGUGUGCAAAAUCGUGCGCUUCCUCUUCAUCGUGAACCUGCACUGCAGCAUGACGCUCCUGGCCUGCGUCAGCGUGUACCGGUUCCUCGGGGUGCGCUUCCCCGUCUCCGCGCUGCGCCUCAGGACCAAACGCGCGGCCGUGUGGACCUCGGGCUCCGUGUGGGUGGUGGUGACGGCCGAGGUGCUGCCAACCUUGGCUUACAGCCACACGGGGCUGAUAGACAACCAGACGGUGUGCUUUGAAAUGACCGAUCCGAGGCAAUUCAACCUCUACUUCCCCUAUGGGAUCUUCCUGUGCGUGGUUGGGUUCUUCCUGCCGUUCCUGUUGACCGUGUGCUGCUACUGCUCCAUGAUCAGGACGCUCUGUCGCCCGAGCAGGGCCAGCUCUCCGCUCGGAGCUGCGAACACGCGCAACAAGUCGUUACGCACUCUCGUGGUGGUGUGCGUCUUCUUCGUGUUCUGCUUCGUACCCUACCAUUUGGUGCGGACGGUGUACCUGUUUGUGAGGGUGUACAUGGUCGACGACUGUCACGAGCUCAACGUGGUCGUGAUCGCCUUGAAGAUUUGGCAGCCGCUCAUCAGCCUGAACUGCUGCGCCAAUCCUCUCCUCUUCUUCCUGGGCUCGGGCAGGUACCGCAAGAAACUCCGCACGUGGCUGUGUCCGAGGAACACGAGGGUGCUUCCGGCCGCCGUGUGUGUAGUGGUCGUAGACGCCGGGCCCAAACUGUCAUGCCCGGCCUGA